GUCACGUGGGAAGAGGAGGAGGAAAUCCGUGCCUGAGAGUGAGCUGAGCGGCGGCGAUCCCAAAAUUACAAUUCCCGAAACCAUUCUAGAGGGUCAUUCACAGAUGUUUAGGAAAGAAAGACAUAACCUAUAGCUGGAUUCUGUAAUCUACGAUAGCGGGGAUUUUUGAAGGUGCAAUGUUUCAGGACUGUACAGCAGGAUCAUCCAUCCAUGGUCUGGAACAGUGUGGGAUCUGAACAAUACAGAGCAGAGAGCCAGGCAGGACUACAGGUGCAAGGCCAGGGGGCUACCAGGGCUACCAGGCCUGGACAGGAGUGCAUGCUGGCUGCGGUUGGGAUGUUGAGGCAGAGCAGUGGUGGAGGCAGCAGUAGCGGUGGUAGUGGUGGUGGAGGUGGUACCAGCGGAGGGAACAAACGAUUGCUGGGCAUCUCACGCACCUCCAACUCCUACUUCUUCCCCUUGUCCCCUGGCACGGGCAUGGGCACUAGUACGGGCACCACGGCGAGUACCGGAUCAGGGACUUGGGGGACGGGGGGCAGAGGAGCCAAGAGCAGCUCCCUGAGCUCCGUCAGCUCUGGAUUGGACAGUGUGGAUGCUCCUGCCCCUGUAGGCACCACCGACCCAGACUACAUCAUGCAGCUGGUCAACGACGUGCGCAAGUUUGCCGACGUCUUACUUCACCUCAAGGAAGCUUUUCACUCCAAAGAGCACCAGGACUGUCUCCACCAGGUAGUCCAUGAGCGUCUAGGGGAGCUGCUGCGCGUGUUGAAGGCCGUCAUCAGCAAACACCAGACCCUCAACUCUGUGGACAUCCUCAGUGCUGCAGGCACCGUCAUCGCACAGGUCAAAGGUGUUAACUUCAAGGAGGUGAACGAGGAGAACAAGCAGAAGCUUUUCGGAGAGAUAUACACUUCCAUCGACACAUUGGCAUUCACCUUUGGCAAUGUAGUGUCUGACUUCCUUAUGGGAGAUGUAGAGAAUGGAUCAGCGUUGGGGCUGCCCCUGACUCGAAGAAGCAGGUCGUUUGAGAACCUUUCCGUGGAAUCUGUAGUAUCCGGUCCAGAGAAAGAUGAUCCGUCAGGUCCAUCGCCGCCGGCGAGGGCGGAGGAGGUGGAUGGUGUGGACAUGGCGCUGCAGCGGAGUGAAGGCGGGGUGGAGUCAGCUCUACUAUACGCCAAGGCCUGGUCCAAGUACACCAAGGAGCUGCUGGCCUGGGUGGACAAACGACUCAGUAUGGAUAUCGAGUGUGCUAAGAGCUACGCCAAAAUGGCCGAAUCAGCGAAGACACUCGCAAGUCAACAGGAGUUCAUGCCAUUCCGGGACAUUUACAUGUCAGCGUUCAAGAACGAUAUUGAGUACAGCCAGCUCCUACUGCACACAGCAGCUACCCUUCAAACCAACAAAUUCAUGCAGCCUCUCCUCGCGCGGAAGAACGAGCUGGACAAACUGAGGAAGGAGGUCAAGGAGCAGUGGCAGAGAGAACAGAAGAAAAUGCAUGAAGCGGACAGUGCCCUGAGGAAGGCCCGUGUUCUGCAGGCCCAGAGACAGGAGGAGUAUGAGAAGGCCCGGGUGUCCACCAGCCGAGUAGAGGAGGAGCAGCUGGGAGCAGCCAAGCUGGAGAAGAGACGCAGGCUGGAGGAGGAGGCUCUGCAGAAGGCGGAUGAGGCCAGAGACCACUGCAAGGCCUGUCUGACAGAUUUAGGGGUGAAGAGAGUGGACCUGGCCAACACCAAGAGUGAGAUCCUCACCCAGUUACGAAAGCUGGUCUUCCAGUGUGACCUCACUCUGAAAGCAGUGACAGUGAAUUGGUUCCAGCUUCAGCAGGCCCAGGUUGUGUCUCUACCCGUCAACCACCAGUCUCUGUGUGAGAGCGCCAAGCUGUACGAGCCGGGUCAGCGAUACGUUGGCUUCGUCAGGAGUCUUCCUGCCCAGUCAGACAGACCCAGGGUGGAGUCCUACUCCUUCGACGCCACCGUCUCACACUGUAACAACGCAGGGUUGCCCCUCGCCAAGCGGUCGUUGAGCAGCACCCACUGCAGUACCCACAGUUCCCAUGGUAACCUGUCUCAGAUGUCCGUCACCUCUGGGGACUUCCUGGGGACCGACGAAGUGGAGAGCCCGGUCAACACACGGCCCGCCAAGAUCUCUGAGAGACGGUCCAACAGCAGCACCGACAUCCAAGCUCUGAGGAUCCAGGGCCCGUUCCGACCCUGGGGAACGGGUAGUCAGGGCGGGGGGAUGUGCAGUGACUCAGAGAGCGCCGGAGGCAGCAGCGAGUCCAGAUCCAUGGACUCCCCCACCGCCAGCCCAGGUGACUUCAAGAGGAGAUUACCCAGAACCCCCUCCACGGGGACUAUGUCGUCAGCUGAUGACCUGGACGAGAGAGAGCCGCCCUCGCCGUCAGACAACGGUCUGAGUGAGAUGCUGAUAGAGACAGCCAGUUCUCCAGGUCCAUUCCGUAACACCCAGAUGUCCAAGGCAGCCCAGACACACAAGCUGAGGAAGCUGAGGGCCCUAUCCAAGUGCAGAGAGUGUGAUAGUCUGGUGGUCUUCCAUGGGGCUGAGUGUGAGGAGUGCUCCCUGGCUUGCCAUAAGAAGUGUUUGGAGACUCUGGCCAUCCAGUGUGGUCAUAAGAAACUCCAGGGUAGACUGCACCUCUUUGGUGUUGACUUCACCCAGGCAGCUAGGAACAACCCAGAUGGUAUUCCUUUCAUCAUCAGGAAGUGUACCUCGGAGAUUGAGAAUAGAGCGCUGGACAUCAAGGGGAUCUAUCGUGUGAAUGGGGCCAAGUCUCGUGUGGAGAAGCUCUGUCAGGCAUUUGAGAAUGGCAAGGACCUGGUGGAGCUAUCUGACCUUUACCCCCAUGACAUCAGCAAUGUGCUCAAACUUUACCUGAGACAGCUUCCAGAGCCUCUCAUCCUGUUCCGUUUCUACAACGACUUCAUCGGCCUGGCCAAGGAGAGCCAGAACAUCAUCGUGGACGAGGUGGAGGCAUCCAGGGUCAGCCCCGCCUCCCUGACCCCUCCACAGGUCAGCGUGGAGCUCAACCGGGUCCUCUUCAAGAUCAAAGACCUCCUGAGACAGCUGCCCCCGGCCCACUACAAGACCCUGCAGUUCCUCAUCCAACACCUGCACAGGGUGACCGAGCAGGCGGAGGAGAACAAGAUGACAGCCAGUAACCUAGGUAUCAUCUUCGGCCCCACGCUAAUCAAACCAAGACAGACGGACGCCGAGGUGUCCCUGUCCUCCCUGGUGGACUACCCCUACCAGGCCCUCAUCGUGGAGCUCCUCAUCAGACACUAUCAGAUGAUCUUUGAUGCCCCCCUCAGCCCUCUGCCACGGCCCCAGGGCCCACCAGGCCCCUCUGGGGAGGGCUCUCCUCUGAAGGGUCAGGACGCUAACCCUUGCCUCACCCCUCAGGAGAAGCAGCAGCUUCUCAGCAGACACUCCAAGUCUCUAGUAGACAUUAAGGAGCAGAGCUCUAAAGUGUAUAAGCGUCAUUCCUCCAUAAUCCCCUCCACCCAUUUAAUGGACGAGGUCAGAGAGGGGAAACCCAGGCCUGAUGGGAGGGACUAUGCUCCUGUAGUGGACGAGGACUCAGAGCAACUCAAUGGGCUCCUGUCUGGCAGCGUCCCUGAGGUCCAGAGAGCAGAGGGAGAGAGGGACAGGGGGGAGAGGGGUCUUACCCGGGCCCGCCACACCACUUCCCGGGUCCACCUCCGCCACCCCCGCUCCAAGCUUGUCUCCCGACCCAUGAGCAUGCCUGCCGAACGCCUCCUGAACCCCGCCCACGGCGUGGAUGAGAGGAAUGCCAGGAACACCGCUGACCUGGACAGCGAGGACGUUACCGGGAGCGCCGGGAGCAUUGCGCGGGACCAGUCAAUUGAGGAGGUGUCAGAGGACGAGAAGCCAAAGUCGAGGGCGAGCAGCCACUACCGGAGCACGUUCAUCGACACGGGGACGUUACGUAGGACCUGGGACAGACAGUACAAGCAUUAUGACAUCACCCCCAGGACAGCUAAGAUUAUUACCAACCUGCCUACAGCAGACAAAGAGGUGGAGGACUCGACCACAAGCCUCUCCACUUCUGUACCAUCAUCCUCUUCCAUCUACCCCAACAGACCCUACACCAUCGCAGUGAGGCCGGGCAGGACUCUGAAAAGGGAGGAGAACGUGUGCGAGUACAGCUCUGUGCCCACUGCGUUCAGGCCCCCCCGGACUCUACAGCCACCGCCUGGAACCUUCUACAAACCCCCCUCGGGGAGCAAGGACAAAGUGUUAGGGGACGCGCCGCAAAAGAAGCAUGCCGAGGCAGCUAACAGUGCAGAGGAGGAAGAACAGGAGGAGGAUGAUGAUGAUGACGAAGAUGAGGAGGAGGAAGAGGAGAUGGGUCUGGAGGUCUCUGUAGACGAGCCCUCUGUGGAUGAAGACAAUGUGGAUGAGGACACUGAGGCUCCGCAGCAGGCUGCAAGCUCCUCUCUGUCCCUGCCCCAAUCCCCCAGCUCCAGCCCUGAGGACCUCAGUGACGAGGCCAAGCCCGUGUACCAGAGACUACGGGCCAGACGCUUGCAGGAGUUCGAGCACCGCGAGGCCCAUUUUGUAUGACCAUAUUUAUCGCCAUUACUCACGGGUCGUCAUUAUAAUUAAUCAAGAGUAAUUUUCCUUCUAUGAUUAGGAUUGAAAUGGUCAAAUCUGUAUAAUAUGUGCCAUAUUGUAUAAGAUAAGAAAAGAAAACUUCAAAUCAUUUCAUGAACUGUGAAAAAAAAUUACUCACGGAAGUGUUAUAUAUAUUAAUAUAUUCCUUGUUAUCUUUUUUGGAGUUCCACAGUUGGUGCUGGAAGGAACUGUUGUACUGCAGGUCCCCAAAAUGAAGACAGGAUGCACUUAGUUAACUACAUAACAAUGGCUGUAUUAUAAGUCACUUCACCUAUUCUAGGUUUCUGUUAAAAGGUCUGUAUAAAGAAAGCCACAUAAUCAAAACGUGCUUCCAGUACCAAUCACUACAAAUGUUAAAGAAAUAGUUCAUUUCCCAAAAGUUAAAUCCAUCGUAGAUUUAUAUGUACAGUAUUUUUAACAUACGGCUCAAUACAAAGUAAUGCCAGGAUAGCAUGUUUUCUCUCUUUUAAACUGUGCAAUUACUUUUUAUUAAAUAAAUAUCAUACUGUAUCUGUUGUAUAAAGUUUUGGUACACUGUAUUUGUAUGUUUAUAUGCCAAAAAUAUUAUUUCAACAACUGUUACAGUAUAGUGUGUAUCGCCACUUUAUCAAAACUGAAUUUGACGCACUUACUUAAUCCAGUCUUUCACAGUUAUUUUAUGCAUUACACAUUUCUACUUUUUGUAAUGCAGUGUUUUGUAUACAGUAUUACUUUUGUAUACCUUUGUAUACAGUCAUUUGAAAGGUUACAAUGUUUAAUAUAUGCUUUAUCAAACCUGAAACGGCAUGUGUUGCUCAUUUAACGUGGAUGAAUAACUCUUAUUUAUCUUUGACUUGAUUGACACUUAGGCAUUAUAUAUGGAAAGUGUCUGUAUGUAAGUCAGUGGAGAUAUGCUACAAAGCCACAUUUCAACCAAACAUCAACCUGCUCCUUUUAGACGUUUACCUGGAAGGUAACAACCCAACAACUCAACUGAAAAACAUUGAAUAAUAUUAUUAGAGGUCGGUCAGGUCGUUUCUGGCCUGUUGUAAGAAGUCUAUCACAAUAUUACGAUGGGCCAAAUCUGUUCUCUUUUUGAAAGUACUAUUCAGUUCAGUCAAUGCUGACCAGAUAUUUUAUUCAUAUCAAUUAUACUCUCACUUUGUACAGGUUAUAAGUACCAGUAAAUGCAACAUUCAUGUAAAUGGUAUAUCCGUCUAUAUUUUAUAAAUAUUAUCUAUAAGGGUCUUUGCAGAUUCUCUCCAAUGUAUUAAAUCCCUUUCAUUGUACAAACAGGUACAUACGAACAUACACCUUUUUGUAACUUAUUAAAAUAUAGUUGACAACUUCCAAA